CUCAUUAGCGGGGUUUUUCACGGAUGGUUCUGAAGGUACUUAAUACGUUCACGCGCUUCUACAAAUAUGUGAUUCCCACAUUUGGAUAUAGAAAUCAGUUUACCGGGCAAAAUGUAGUAUUUGAUAAAUCUGUUAAAGAAAAACAACGCGCACGAUCAGCACUUACUGAUGAUCCUCACAUGUAUGACUACAUACGUGAAGAAGUUGCCGACCGACUAGCUGAUCGCCUAAAUGAUAUAUCAAGAAAAUUCGAUGUCGCUUUGGAUAUUGGUUGUGGUCGAGGGCAUUUAUCUCAGUUUGUCACAUCAGAUAAUAUCGGGGUUCUCUACCAACUAGACAGUUCAUCUGAGGUCCUAAAACAGAUUAAGCCAUCUGCAGAAGUUUGUACGUAUAACAUAAAUUGCCAUGAAUACUGUCUACCCUUUCGACCAAAUACUCUAGAUUUAGUUCUAAGCUCCAUGAGUCUACACUGGAUAAACGAUCUGCCUGGUUUAUUAAAACAAAUAUUAACAUGUUUACGUAAUGAUGGGUGCUUAUUAGGUGUGAUGCCAGCAAUGGAUACAUUGUAUGAAUUGCGUGUAUCAUUGCAAUUAGCUGAAUUAGAAAGAUUAGGCGGAAUCUCAUCGCAUAUCAGUCCAUUCGUGGAUAGUGUAGAUAUGGCUAAUUUGUUACAAUGUGCUGGAUUCAAUUUAAUCACAUUGGAUAUCGAUGAGAUUGUAAUUCACUAUCCAGAUAUAUUUGCGUUAAUGAAUGAUCUACGAUUUAUGGGUGAAUCUAAUGCUACUGUUCAUAGACCAUUACGUUUGAAUCGUGAUGUUCUAUUUGCUGCCUCUGCAAUUUACAAUGGUAAAUCACGGUUAUUGUACUAUCAUAUGUUUUGGUUUAAUUGUCUUGUUGUUCAAAUGAAAUACAAUAUUCAGAUGGACAUAUUUUGACAAGAUAUAAAGUCAUCCUUUGUUGGAAUUAUUAGCUGUGUAAUUCAAAUAUAGUUUUCUUAGAAAUUCAGUGUUCCUCGUGAAGAUGAAGAGAAUGAACGCUGUAUUCCGGCAACCUAUCGGCUGUUAUAUUUUAUUGGAUGGAAACCUGAUCCUUCUCAAAGUAAACCUCUUCCUCGUGGUAGUGCACAGUAUUCCUUGAAGGAUCUCCACAGAAUUGAUGAGUUAAUUAAACUACAUUUUGAAAAAUAAACCGAAGUCCUACCUUAUUUUUUUCAGUAUAUAUAUAAUAAACCUGUGUUACAUUAAUCUCUUACAUUUAUGCCGUUGCUCGUUACUUUGUGUCACUUGUAAUUAUUGUCUUCCCACAACUCUAACUAUAUUACCUACUGUUAACUCAUUGUUUUUUUUGUUUCAAACAUUCAUAACCCCUUCCUAUUUAUGUUGAUUUUCUACAAUUAUGUCAUAAUUAAAAGACUUGGCAGUUCUACGUAAUGCUCUUUCGUGUGAUAUUGUACUUUGCUUGAUCUAUUUAUAAUAAGAUGUAAGUAGUACACUGAAUGUAAUGUAGGUUAGCUGUUGUAAUACUCUUCUUCAAACUCAAUUUUUUUCAUAUUGUAUUCAAUGAAGGCUUGUGCAGAGAAAAUCAGUUAUAUUAUGAAAAAUUACGCAGUGUCUGUUUAAAAUAUGAAAACAACACAUUAAAUACACUAUAUGCACAUCUUUCUUGAAUUGUCUCUUACAAAGUACAUUGUUCUUCCAUUCAUGUUGUUCUUUAUUUUGCCUCCUGUGGUGUACAAUUUAUUUUUUUAAUAUUGAAAUCGACUGUAUAUGGGAAGUUGUCUCAAUCUGCUUCAUUUUCGAUCACAUCAACAAUUCGUCUCAUAGUAUCAUGACUCCUAAAUAUAUGGACUACGUUUACUGUUUGUUUAAUAAUCUGUCAAUCCUUACUCAUUGUUCUUAUACAUAUUCUAAUCAUUUUGCUCAACCUAAAAUUGCUUUGUGUCCGUCUUACUUAAGGAACAAGUCACGACUUCUAAAACUGAACUACUAAUUUUCACUCUUUAACGACCGUAUUUCCUGUGACAAUCCUAAGAAAAAGCUUUCACUUAUGU